CCCUUUUAUAAUCCUCCACGCGCCAGGCAUGCGUGCAUCACGAGAGAUUACCAGAGAAAGGGUAGGAGCGAUCGCGGUCCGCGCGCCAAGUCCACGCACGCGCGCACGUAUCCAUGGAGAUGAAGCUCUCGCCCGGCGCCGCAGGCGAGGUGCACGGCGGCGGCGCCGGCUGCAAGAAGCGCCCGCCGAGCCGGCUCCAGAAGAAGGCGCCCGCGUCGCUGCAGGUCGAGCCGGUCGCCGGCGCCGCAGCCCAGGCGUCCCCCGCCGCGUGGGCCGACGGCAGGACGCCCAUCCCGCUCCUGUCGCCGCUCGUCACCUCGCCGGCGCCGCUCUGGGAGGGCGGGUCGGCCCAGGCCGAGGCCAGGAGCGGCGGGGAAGCUGGCUUCAGCCUGAGCCCGGCCCGGCACGGCGGUGACCGCCACGCGGACGAGAAGGCCAAGACGCCCGCGCCCGCGCACAGCGGUGGGUGGCUGCACCCGGCUAUGCCGACGCCGCCGCCGGCGCCCGCACCCGUGGCCGGCGGGUGGCGGCACCCUGCCAUGCCGGCGCCGGUCGCGGAGCCGGCCUCCCUGGCGCCGCUCUUCAAGUCCCAGUGCACGGUGGAGAUGCGCAACGCCCAGCACUGAGGACCGACGGCCGCUGAACCAGGCCACCGCCACCCGGCCGUUUGACCAAGCGGUGACCGCCGAAGCCACCGACGUCGCAUGCAGACGAGAUCACGCCCGUUCGUUCGUGCGUGCUCUCGUGUCUCCAAAGCGAUCGUGAUCUUGCUUGCGCAGCUAGUUUUACUCCAUUCUAGCGUGGUCAUGGUCAUGUCUGAAACACUGAAUGUGGUUGCGGUUCUGUGUGUCAUUAGACAAGUUAUAAUUAACUAGUCAUUACCGGUACCAGUUGCGCGUCAAUUGUUGACAGGAUUCAAUAAAACAAUGGCUCGAUCUCAAUCCCGAUGCCUUCUGCUCA